AUGCCCUCUCGACCGUGUGUACUCUGUAUUCGCGCAGGACACAAAUGCGAGACAACUCACCGCGCAGCGACGCGGACUCGCACUCGAAGAACAGACUCCAGAGACCACAAGUAUUCUGGUGUUCACAAAGCCAUCGCACCGGCCAAACACACAAAUACCAGCAACCGUCAUGACGAACCGACAUCAUCCGAUGCAACACCGAGCUCAGCAUUCUACCCAGAGCGCUCACCAAAAGAACCCCAGUUCGGAGCAAACGCUUCAGCAAUAGACUUUGCCAGACGAGUCUUCAACGAAGAAGCCGCCGGCCGGACGCUAACAGGCGCCUCAAUCCCCGGUGAUACCGGCGCACCAACGCUGGACAAUUCACUAUGGCAGUUGACAGAAGUCGAACUACCACCCGAAGCCGUGAUGCUGGCGCUGAUCGACGUCUACUUUGACCGAAUGCAAUGGUUCAUCAUAAUAUUCCACGAACCGUCAUUCCGACGAACAGCGCGCCGGAUCAUUUCCCAGCGGUCGUGGCGCCGGCAAGAUCUCAGUCCGAUCAUGGCUGUUUUGGCGGUUGCGAUGAUCGGUCUGCAUUCUGCGCUACCCGAUGAGCGAUGGUGUGGCCAUGAACUGCUGCGCGAGCACGGUAUUGACGGGAAGAAGUUGAUGCAAGGGUUGAUCAAUGAGAUCCGACGGAAUUUGCUAGAUAUCUCGAUUGAUUGUCGGAUUGAGGCUGUGCAGGUUUGUUUCUUGGUCUCCUCGUACUAUCUCUAUCACAGUUCGCCCAGUCUUGCGUGGACGGUUUCCGGUAUGGCUGUGAGGUCGGCGUAUGCACUGGAUCUCCAUACGAAGUCUGCGCAAUACGAGUCUCCGAUUGUGGAUGAAAUUCGGUCUCGAUGUUGGAAUCACGCUAUCGUUGGCGAUACUUUUACUUCUAUCAUCUACGGCCGUCCUUCCUCCAUCGACACCGGACUCGUGGCGCUACAUUCGCUCCGCGACAUGGACGAUCUAGCCAUCGAUCCGCUCCUACUAAAAAAUGAAUGGAUAUCCGGCGACGGAAACCCAACGACAACAGCCGGUUUCUUCACCAUGAAAUACGACAUUUACAAUAUAAUCCGCCACAUCCUCUCCCGCUUCCGCCGUCUGCAACUCCGCAGAGAAUCCCUAGAAUCCGACCUCGUGGCAAUCGCCGAAGCAGCCCAAGACUCAGAAGACCAAUUGCGAUCCUGGCGAAGCCGAGUCCCCCGUCUUUUCGACUUCGAAUUCUGGACCACCGAGAACCGUCUCGAUCGCUUCCACAACUACCUACAAGAACAAGACCUCCCCCAACGCACAAAAGACCAAGCGGAAACAAUCAUCCUCCAAGCAGCCACCCUCCAAUUAACCUACGACGGAGCCCUCAUCCAGGCCCGUCGACCCCUCCUCGAACAAAAAAUCACAUCCUCCUGUUCCCGUCUAGUCGUCGACGCUAUCCGCCUCUCCCUGCGUGUCGCAACGGCAGCCGCACUACGCAUAUCGCGCAUCCCGGUCCUGCGAUUUAAGCAUCAUUUUGCUGAAUCCUUUGCAUCACUCCACCAAUUCACCGCGGGAGUAAUCCUCUGCAUCACGCCGACGAGUCAACCGUUUACAGCCGCGGCGCACGAGGCUAAAGCGGGGAUCAUGCGAAUUAUACAUUCCAGCACGGCAUUCGGCCCUCAUAAUCGCAUCGCCGCGCAGACGGCGCAGCUGUUGACUGAGUUACUGAAAGUGACGGUUGAGCGGGAGAUGUCUGGUGCGUUGCGAGGGGGGCCGGAGAUGGGAAUUUCCAGGGGUGAUGGUGUAGAUCCGGCUUUACACAGGAGAGAGACGUUUGCUCGAGAUGACCUUGAGAAUACAGAGACUGCAUAUCCAUCGCUGCAUUUGAGACAGAUGGAUAUACCGCAGACUAUGCCUGGACACCCACGGUCGAAUGAUGGGAUGCAGGUGCCGAUUCAGACGGAGUAUCCGUCUGCGCAUAUAUUUGAACAGCUUGAUGAUACGUUUGGGGCGUUUGGUGAGCGUAAGUGGGAUCGUGUUCUUAUUUUGCAAUUUGGGAGUUGA